AUGAAACUUUGCUUCCUGCAAACCUUGCGUGCCAUGUUGCUAUUGUGGUGGUCCUUUUUCUGGCCCGGCAUGCUUGGGCGGUGGGUUGUCUCCUCCGAGUCAACCAAAGUCAACUUCUCAUUGGAACACAGUCUCCCGACGUUCACCGCUGAGUUCCCAGUACAGAACAUGGUAUCGCUGGAUGGCGUCGUCUACGUGGGCGCCAUCAACCGUAUCUACGCGCUGGCGCCCAACCUUACUAAGCUGUCUGAGUACCGCACAGGGCCUCUGCUGGGCAACGAGUCCUGCGGCUCUGGGGGUGUCGGUGAAAUGGAUAACCACAAUUUAGCCCUUGUGGUUGAGAAUAUGUACGACAAAGGCUUGUUCAGCUGUGGCUCGGCGGACAACGGCGUGUGUCGCCGCCACGUCCUUGACGACGAUAUCAGCCCAAAGACAGUGGAUGAGGACGUUUACUGCUUCGCUGACAAAGUGUUCCCUGGCAGAGGCAUACCGGCGGAUGCCGACGUAGUGGUUGGCCCAUCAGGCUCGCAGGUGCUCAGCGUAGAGAGCAACGUCAUCCAUUUCUUCGCGGGCAACUCAGAGAUUCCCAGCUCGGGGAGUCUGCCAGAUGCCAUGACUCGCCCUCACACCCUCUCCCUGAGGAAGAUGAAGACUAGCCAAGACGGGUUCACCUUCUUCUCUGAACUGUCCCACAUGGAUCUGAUCCCGUCGCUGCGGGGGAACUACUACCUGCGCUACGUUCACUCCUUCCACAGCGGGCCCUAUGCGUACUUCCUGACGGUGCAGCGAGUUAGCCGGGACUCGCCGGCCUUCCACACACGGAUCGUGAGGAUGUGCUCCUCGGAUUUGGUCAUCCGCCGCUACGUGGAGAUGCCGCUGGAGUGCAUCAGCACCGACAAGCGGCGGCGACGCUCGGCCGAAUCCCGCAAGGUGUUCAACCUGUUGCAGGCGGCACACGUAGCCAAGGUGGGCGAGGAGCUGCAGCGCCACUUCCAGAUUGAAGAGGGAGACGACGUGCUUUUUGCCGCCUUCGCCCGUGGAAAGCCCAACUCCAGCGAGCCCACCACCAACUCUGCUGUGUGUGCCAUCAGUAUCAAGCACCUCAAUAGCAUGUUUCGAAUGUACAUGCAGAGGUGCAACACCGUGGACCCGUACCAUUUCACUGGUUCAGAUGGCAAGGCAUGCUACAACGUGAGUUCGUCAGAUGAAUGCGACCCACACGAGGGUAUCCAAGAGGGCAAGGAAGGAAAAUAUCGUCUACAGGUGACCCAGUUUGUGCAGCGUCUGGACUACUUGCACAAAGAGCUCACAGGGACUCUAGUGACCUCUAUCAAGGUGCUUCCCGUCCACGGACAUGCCGUCGCCUUCCUGGGCACCGCCGACGGACGCCUCAUUCAGGUGCGCUUUUCCCGCUUUGCCUCGCCACACGUCAGCCUGCGCUUGGACUCCCGACCCGUCACGUCCUCAGUUGCGCUGUUCGAUGGCCAGGGUGCUGGAGUUCUAUUAUUGGCCACCGGAAACAAGAUCACCAAAGUGCCCCUGAUUGGCCCGGGCUGCAAUCAGUUGACAUCCUGCACUUCCUGUCUCCUGUCUUCGAGGGUGACUGAGUGCGGGUGGUGUGACGGCCGCUGCACGCGAGCCCACCAGUGCCUGUCCCCUUCCAUUUGGACGCAGGACUACUGUGCACCUGUUAUCACCAAAGUGUCUCCGUCAUCCGGGCCUCUCCGUGGCACCACAGCGGUGACCAUCCGCGGCCGUAACUUCGGCUUCGACAGGACAGAGCGCUUCAAGGCAGCGUUGGUUAGCGUGGAGCUGGCCGGCGCCCCCUGCAAACUCCCUAGACAGGACAACCUCAACAGUUGGACUGAGAUGCAGUGUUCCCCCGUCUUCACUGGGAACUUCACCCCGACUGGACAUGCAGUCAAGGUCACCAGUGGACACAAAAUUGCAAUCAUGGAGGGCGCCUUCACCUUUGUGAAUCCAGUGAUCGACAAAAUCUUCCCGACAUUUGGCCCAAAGUCCGGUGGCACUAUGCUGACCAUCAGGGGUUCCUUUCUGGACACUGGCAACAAACAAGAAAUCACUGUGGGCACAGCCACCUGUGUCAUCCAGAGUCUUUCGUCGAACAUGCUGAUCUGCAAGACACCGCCUCACACAGUCCCGUCAGCACAACCCGUCAAGCUGAUGGUGGACUCUGUGGAGCGCCAUGCCCCCUCCCUGUUCACCUAUAACCAGGACCCCCUCAUCAAUAGCAUCCAGCCAUCACGCUCCUUUAUCAGUGGUGGCUGCACGCUGUCGGCUCACGGUUUCUUCCUACAGUCGGGCCUCCAGCCUGAGAUGGUCCUCACCACUGGACAGGAUGCUGUUGUCUUCCACGUGAGUUGUGUGUAUGGCGAGAACCGCACCUCCAUCCAGUGCACCACACCCUCCCUGGCCAAAUUGGCUCUGCCGCCGCCAGUGGUAACCAAAGUUGCUUUCAUUCUGGAUGGAUACCCCACUGACCAAUGGGAUCUGAUCUAUGUGGAGGACCCCCUUUUCCAAGACCCCAAACUUACGUCCAAGGACAAUAAGAGCGUUUUGGAGCUCAAGGGUGACCGCAUGGACCGGGAAGCCAUGAAGUGCCAGGUGCUGACAGUGUCUAACCGCAGCUGCGAGACCCUCACGCUGGUGGGCAACACGCUAGAAUGUACUGUGCCCAAUGAGCUACAGGCGGCCCCCGCCAAGGAGCUGCAGGUGGAGUGGCGGCAGGCUGACUCCAUCCGUCACCUUGGCAAGGUGACUUUGGCACAGGAACAGGACUAUACGGGCCUGGUGGUGGGCUGUGUGCUGGUCAGCCUGCUACUGUUGAUGCUGGCCUCGCUGCUCAUGUGGCGCAGAAACAAACGCAUUGAUGAUCUGUCUGAGGUGUGGUACGACAGCCGUGGUGAUAUCCAGCACCUGGACAGGCUUGCUAGCGCCAGGAGCGUCAGUCCCACUAAUGAAAUGGUGUCUCACGAGUCUGUGGAUUACAGAAGUACGCUGCUGGAGGACCAGGGCAUGGAGCGUCCAGAGACAUGCCGUGCGGCCCCUGUUCUGUACGGGUCAGGCAGAGAGCCACUGUCGCCCAGGCUGGGGGUACUGGCCCGCGGGUUGGGGAUGGAUGGCGAACUAGUGUCGCCACUUCUGAUGGCGCCCGUUCACAUUGACCUAUCCAGUCUGCAUCCAGAGUUGCUGAGAGAGGUCCAGCACGUGGUGAUUGUACGGGAAAGACUCCUGCUGCACCUCAACCAAGUCAUCGGCAGAGGUCACUUCGGAUGCGUCUUCCACGGAACUUUGCUAGAGCCAGAUGGCCAGAACCAACACUGUGCCAUCAAGUCUUUGAACCGCAUCACAGACUUGGACGAAGUGACCCAAUUCCUGAAGGAGGGCAUUAUUAUGAAGGACUUUAGCCACGCCAAUGUCCUGUCGCUGCUAGGCAUCUGCCUGCCACCCGAGGGCUCGCCACUCAUGGUUCUGCCCUACAUGAAGCACGGAGACCUGCGCAACUUCAUUCGCGAUGAGGGCCACAACCCAACAGUGAAAGACCUGAUGGGCUUUGGACUCCAGGUUGCCAGAGGGAUGGAGUACCUCGCCAGCAAGAAGUUUGUCCACAGGGACCUUGCAGCCAGGAACUGCAUGUUGGACGAGAGCUACACAGUUAAGGUGGCUGACUUCGGGCUUGCGCGCGAUGUCUAUGACAAAGAGUACUACAGCGUCCACAACAAAAGUGGCGUCAAGCUGCCUGUCAAGUGGAUGGCACUGGAGAGUCUACAGACACACAAGUUCACCGCCAAGUCAGACGUGUGGUCAUUUGGUGUGUUGCUUUGGGAACUGAUGACCCGUGGGGCACCGCCUUAUUCUGAUGUCAACUCCUUUGACAUCACCGUGUUCCUCCUGCAGGGACGUCGUUUGCUACAGCCUGAGUUCUGCCCCGACGCCCUCUACACUGUGAUGGUGGAGUGCUGGCACCCGAAUCCAGAACGUCGCCCGUCCUUCUCCGACCUGGUGUCCAGCAUUGCUGCUAUUUUUUCCAGCUUCAGCGGCGAACACUACGUCCUGCUCAACACAACCUACGUCAACAUUGACAAGAUGAGCCCUUACCCGCCCCUGCUCACCACCACCGAUCCGGCAUCCACUUCCUCCUCUUCCUCUUCAUACUCCGAACCCUCAACCUCCCUAACGUCCCACCCGCUCCUUUUUUGCCAACCCGACCGGGACUGUUGUACCUGA